AUGGAGUUGCACAAGAAGGCUAUGACGCAUGCCGCAGUUGCUGGGCGGGCCAUGCCAUUGCGAAGCGGGCACGCGCAGGCCAGGGCGGCGGUGGAAGCGGCGCGGCGGCGUGAAGCGUCAGGCGGCGGUGGCGACAGCGGAGGUGGCGGCGGCGGAGGCGUGUUCCCGACCUUUACGCGGCGCGGGGUGGUAGCGGCGUCUGUGGCCUUUGCGGUGGCGGCAGGAUCGUAUGGGGUGUACAUGGCCGACGGCGACGAUACGGCAUAUCUGCUUGCCACCGCGCCGCAGCUGGUGGCGGGCCGCCACUGGAGCCGGCUUCAGGAGGACGAUCUGGAGGGUCUGGCGGCUGCUAGUGGGACUAACGACGCGCUCAAGGCUGUCCUCGCCCGCGAACCUGAGGUGCUUCGCCAGCUUCUGCGCGUCGCUGCCCUUGCGCCGGAGCUCAGCAUGCGCAACGCUGCGUCCAAGACCCUCGACAAUGUGUGCCAGGCUGCGGCGCCGCAAGUCCGCGCCUCCGUGCUUGACUCGGACGUGGUCACUGCCAUGGCUCACAUUGCGGAGGACAAGAGCAUGACGCUGGUGGUCCGCAAGAACCUGGCGUCGGCACUUGCCCAUCUAGUCGCCAACACGCCUGCCGACGAGCCGCUCGCCGCCGCCCUUGUUGACAACGUUCACGUCCACAGCGCCCUGGCCAACGCAAGCGACAACAUUUACAUCCGCCGUCGCGCCUUUGAUAAGGCCGCUGCUGCGCUGGCCAUUGCUGCCCUUGAACGGCCAGAGACUGCGAGCAAGAUUGGCGUCGAGCGGCCGGAGCUGCUGGCCCGGCUGGACAAAUUGGCAGAAUCGGCGCGGGCGACGCAGGCGUCGUGGCUGGCCUCGGCCGGCGACAGCAUUGCAGACUCAGGCCUGCUCCUCUACCUGCACACUGCGCUGGGCGGUGGCGCGUGGGGUGCGCUGCAGGCGUUCCGGGCAGGCGAGAGCUCGCAGGCAAUCGCCCGUGCUGCGCUCCGCACCUCGCUCGUCACUUCGCUCGUUCCCAUCUGCGUUGUCGGCGGCAUGGUCACCCUCUACAACUAUGUCCGGCGCCAGGUCGACGAUCCACUCCCGCUCAUGGCCUUCCACACCGGCUCGAUGCUCGCCCUCUACCCGCUAAUCUUCAUCAUGCCCGCCGUCGACGCCUGGGCUCCUAUGUGGAUCGGCGGCCAUGUCGUCGGCUUUAUCUCCUUCUUCACCUAUCUCUACGUCACUGACGCGGACCUGCUCAAGGCCGACGGCGAGCUGCUGAUGCGUGACACCGCCAUCGCGGAGACCAAGGGCCUGGCCUCAGGCCUGGCCAACACGCCCGAUCUCGCGGCUUUUCUCCAUCUCGACGAGGUCGCUGAUGAUGCCGGGCCAGUUGCGCUCGUUCCCACGGACAAGUAG